AGGGCCUUAAUCGCGAGAGUUCCGUCCUCUUGAGAGUUCCUCUGCCGGCACCCAGAUCGCGCGAGACCGCGGAAGGUGCCGAAGCGUGCGGCGCGCGCGCGGCGGCCGCGACGGGCGCAAGAUGGCGACGGCGACCAUAGCUCUACAGGUCAAUGGCCAGCAAGGAGGGGGGUCCGAGCCGGCGGCGGCGGCGGCAGCGGGAGACAAAUGGAAACCUUCACAGGGGACAGACUCCAUCAAGAUGGAGAACGGGCAGAGCACAGCCGCAAAGCUGGGACUGCCUCCCCUGACGCCUGAGCAGCAAGAGGCCCUCCAGAAGGCCAAGAAGUACGCCAUGGAGCAGAGCAUCAAGAGUGUGCUGGUGAAGCAGACCAUCGCCCACCAGCAGCAGCAGCUCACCAACCUGCAGGUGAGCUGCCCUCCCCGCCCCUCCACCGCCUCCUCUGCCUUCUCUUCCUCCUCUCGUGCCUGCGGCUGUCCCCGCAAGGUGUCGUGCUGCUCGGUUUCUCAAGGACUCCUUGGGACGCCCAGGUUCCUCCCUGAGGCAUGAG